AUGAAUAACGAUAAUAGUUUUGACUCUAUCAUUAACGAAAGUGAAACACAACACUUCGUGAAUCCUGUACUAGAAAGCGCGUUUUUCAUUAAUAAGAAUUCAAAGGAUGUCACCAUUCCUCGAAGCAGUAUUCAAGAAGCGGCAAAUGCGAUUUAUUCAAAUAUGAAAAAAAUGAAAUAUUCUGUAUCGGUAUGGAAACAACAUGAACUUCAUCCAAAAAUUGCAAACGAAGCAGCAAUUAACUGGAUCUUUCUCGUUGAUCUACUAAACUUUUCUUUUUGGUCUGAUUUAGAAAAAGAAAAAGGAUCGAAUUGUCAAGAAAGAUAUACCAUCCUUUAUAAAGAUAAACGAUAUACGGGAUAUUGGUCCUUAUGCGCGGCAAUUAAUCGAGCCAUUGAUGAAGGGAUACCAAUUACAACACCGUCAGUUUAUGCCUCAGCAGAAGAUUUAAAUGAUUAUAAAAUUAAAUAUGCCUUUCGUUCUCAUACAAACGAAGAAAUUCCUUUGCUUCAGGAGCGUAUUCAUUGUAUGAGAAAAGCCGGUAAAAUUUUAGUUGAGAAAUUCGACGGUAAUUUUAUUAAUUGUAUUAAACAAUCAAAUAAUUCUGCCAUGAAAUUGCUAAAAAUAAUUACCGAUAAUUUUGAAUGUUUUCGUGACGAAUGUGAAUUUCUUGGACGUAAAGGACAAGGUUAUGGUUAUUUUAAUGACAUUGAUGAAAUAACAAUGUUUGCAGAUUAUAGGUAUGGUGCAUUGUCAUAUUCUCAGAAUUUACUCAAUAAGAUAAACUCUUUCACAUUAUUACCAAAUGGUUCACAAUUAGAAAUUGAGAUUAGAGGAUGUUCAAUAUGGUCGGUAGAAUUAUUAAAAAGAAUCAUCCAACGAAAAAUUCAACAGGAAAAUUCGAAAGGGUUGAUUCCAAUAGUUAAUACUAUUAUUUUAGAUUUUUAUAUAUGGGAUUUUGCUAAUGAACAUAAACAUUCGAUUGAAAUUGAAAAUACUUUUUAG